AGCACAUUCAAUUACCAUCAUGGACUCACUCACCGCAAAUGAGCAGCGCGAACUGCAGUCGCGCAUGGAGAAGAAGCAGAUGAAGGAAUUUAUGAACAUGUACUCCAACCUUGUCCAGAAUUGCUUCGAGCACUGCGUAACCGGCUUCGAGAGCAAGUCGCUCACCUCGCGCGAAGAGAGCUGCGUUAUGCGCUGCGUGGACAAGCACAUGAAGGGCUCCCAGCGACUAGGAGACAGGUUCCAGGAGCAGAACGCUGCCAUGGCACAAGGAGGAGGCAUGCGGUAGUGUCAUCACGACAAAAUCGGAUGGUCAUACAUGAAGAGCUAGAACAGACAUGAUAGCAAUGCGAGAUUCGCAGCUGGAGAUACUCGAUCGAGGUGCUUGAUAUGCUUCGAUUGCAUGACAUUUGUACAACACAUGGACGGGAUCUAGGAUCUGGGGCGUAUAACGAUUCCUCUUUACAUUGAUUCAUAGACGAUUCCUACGUUAUUCAAGUCUUGCUGCUGUCAUUACUCUUUGUGUAGUACUAUUCCGUCCGUGCCAGCUCUCAUCAAUGCAGUCUUCACGUCGUUUUCUGAUCCUUAUGCGCCACAAGAGGCCUUCCUACCGCUAGC